GCGAUUCCGUUCGAUAAUGGCGUACGUUUAUAUCGUGGGUUUGGCGUUGCUCGUGGCAGGAGCCAAAGCCGGCAUUGCAGGACUCGGCGUAGGUUUGGGACACGGUGGGGGCAUCCCCUAUGCGGUAGCAGCAGCUCCUGCUGUGGGCGUCCAUGGUGGUGGCCACGGCGCUGCUGUCGACAUUGAUUAUUAUGCACAUCCGAGGUACUCCUACAACUAUGGAGUGGCCGAUGGGUUGACAGGCGACCACAAGACCCAGCACGAGGUGCGUGACGGCGACGUAGUCAAAGGUUCCUAUUCGGUGGCGGAACCAGACGGCACCAUCCGCACCGUCCACUACACCGCCGACGACCACAACGGCUUCAACGCUGUGGUCACCAGAUCCGGACACGCAGUACACGCCGCCCCCGUCGCCGUGGCUGCCCCAGUUCUCGCCGGAGCUGCCGUCGGAGGACUAGGACACGCCGGUUUAGGUCACGGACAUUACUAAGAUGGAUUAGGCCCACGGCACCUUACAAUUAAUUCUUCAUUUAUCAUCUUCAUCUGAUAUUGUAAUUUGCUGGGCUUAUUAUACUUCUUGUAUGACACUCCUGCAUCACUUAUGGUUCUGUCAUGUUUUUUGCGCUUUUGUAAUUUUAGUAAAUUAUUUAUAAAACUUUGGAGUAAUAUUUGAAACUGCAUUUCAAAUGUUCUUCCGAUUAAUGGAUGGCCAAGACACUGUAAUAUAAAUAUUAUCAUUUCAGUAUUAAGUUUUCGAAUGUAAGUGAUCAAUUUAACAAUAAAAUUG